AUGUCAAACUGGGGUCAGCUGCCCGCCGAAAUUUUGUUAAACAUCAUUCAGUUUGCAAUUGCUGACUUGGACAAGCUGAAUCGCUUUGAAGAAAUGAAAGGAUGGAAAAUCAAACAACAAUACUUACUUAUUUCUAAACACUGGUCUAUGGUUAGCCGACAAGUGGCAUACAAAGUAGUCAAGUUACACAUUGAUUGUAAUGUUGAAAAAUUCAUUGCAUUCAUGCUCGAUUCUCCUAAUGGUUGUUUAGUCCGAGAAAUAACUUUUGAUUCGGACAUGAAGCAUCACGUGGAACUUAACUUAGGUCCAUUAUUUAGAGCGUGCCCCAAAUUGAUAUCGUUACAGGGUCGAUGUUGUCUACUCAAGUCGUUUUUUAUAACUUUAAUGCUAGAAGCUCGUGCAAUGGGAGACAGUCUCAAGUUACAAAAGAUACCGGGGUUUGAGGUUGAUGAUAUUGAAAGUUUUGAAUCAUAUGGACAGGCAGCUUACGCCUUAAAAAAUACAUUAGAAGAAGUUUCAUUCUGUGAUGCCCUUUAUGAUAAACCGACUUAUGAACUAGACAAGACAUUGAGUCGAUUAGUGGAAUUUACAAAACUUCGGGAGGUCAUUUUUCAUUUGUAUGAGUAUGACAACAUCUUUCAGAUUUUCACAAAGAUCCAGAAUUGCACUUCAUUUCCCACUGUUACAAUAAUGUGUGUCAUGGAGACUUUUUUCGGACAGAUAUUUGAUCACCCAGAACCCUACAACUUGAAGCCACUUCCAAACGUUUUAAAAUUACAAGUAUUUGGAGCAAUACCCUUCACUGAGCGGCAUUUUCAGUAUAUCAUGCAUGUAUUUCCAAACCUACAUGACUUCAAUAUUGAACAGACUUAUGGUUUUUCUCGCGUAACAUACGAAGCGGACAUCAUGGAAGAACAUCAGGAGAUAGGACAACAAGUUCCCAGCAAAGCGUGGAUCGAUUUUCUGACGUAUGUUUCUCGAAUAAACACGAAUAUAAUUGGCACCUUCUUUAUCAAGGAUUAUGCCGAAGUCUUUGCAAAUUUUCCAAACCUUACUGAACAUUUAGAAAUACGAUAUGGACCUGACAUAUGUAUCAAACCGAAUUUCAAUAUUGUGUACCAAAACCAUGAUUUCGAGUCUUCGGAUUAUGGUAAAAAGCGCUAUGGAAUCGAAAAGUUUCGUCAUCUUGUUUUUGAUUGCAGGUCUUUUGAUUUCUAUGAUAAUUUACCUCAUGAACCUCUUCUUCGCAUCUAUGGGCCAACUAUGAAGUCGUUAAAUCUUAAGAUGAUGUCUGCUGACCAUCACGAUUCAGAAGAGAGUGUUGCUUACAGGAUGCUAGAUGGAAAUGUCUUUAACCCGAUAUUUGAACAUUGUUCAGUGUUAAAGAAGCUGCGGGUACGCGAUGGCAACUUUAAUUUUCUCUGUCCAAGUCCUUUCAAGGCUACCAAAAGCCUUCAAUUGGUGGAAUUUGAUGGGUGUUCUUUCAGCGACAAGUUUCUUUGUGAAUUAUCUACAUCAUUGCCUGACCUAUUGCAGUAUUUGUCAUUCACGUUUUGUUCUAUAUCGCCUCCUUGUGAAUUGACGGAUAAUCGUCUUCAGGUGAUCGACAUGCCGUAUACUUCAUUUGGUUAUUUAAUAUGGAAUGAUGAAAGACGUACGGGGGUUAUAAAAUUAUUCAUCAAAGUUACAAAAAAGUCGCGAUCGUUUUAUUAUGAGAUGGAUGAAGGUAACGAAAUGGUAUUGUCAUCACCAGUUGAAUUCGAAUCCUCUAGAGGGAGUUGUUCAUCGAUGAGUAUUGAUAUCCGAUGCUUUGAUAUUGAAAAUUUGGUGAUAAAACUAAAUAAUAGUUUUCAUGUACAUGGAUCUUUCAAAGGCGAUAAUCUAACGUUCCGUUAUGGAGGAAAGCAUAUGAAAAUAAGCGAACCUGCUAAUUUUCACAACUCAGUUGAUCGUGAGAAGGAUUGGGAUACCAAACUGCAAUGCUUGUUGAUCUCUAGAUACUGGUCUAUAGUUAGCCGACAGGUGGUAUACAAAAUAGUGGAAUUAGAUACUAACGAUGAAGUUGAAAGAUUCGUUGGAUUCAUGCUCGACUCUUCUAAUGGCCGUUUUGUCACACAAUGGAUUUUGACGCUGAAAAAAGUGGAAUGUUUUGACAAUCGGGAACGCCACCCGACUUAUGAGCGAGACGAGACAUUAAAUCGAUUAGUGAAAUUUACAAAUGUCCGAGAUGUCACUUUCUACUUGGCUAAACAUGACAAUAUCUUUCAGAUUUUCACAAAGAUUCAGCAUUGUCCUCUUUUAUCAACUAUUACAAUAUGUUGUGCCGACGAGAUCCCCUUGUUUGGAAAAAUUCAUGAUAAGCCGGAACCCUAUAACUUGAAGCCGCUUCCGAACGUUUUAAAUUUACUAGUAAUUGGAGCAUUACCCCUCAAUGAGCGGCAUUUUCAGUAUAUCAUGUAUCUAUUUCCCAACCUACACCACUUUAAUUUCCAUCACCGUUAUAAUGAUUACUACUUUGAGGAUGAUCUGGAUGUAAUUUUGCAACAUCAAGAGAUAGUGCAUCAAGUUCCUAACAGAGCUUGGAUCGAUUUCCUGACGUACGUUUCCCGAAUGAGGACUGGCCGAAUUGGUACCUUAUUUAUCAAAAACUAUGUAGAAGUCUUUGCGAAACUUCCAAAACUGACUCAACAUUUGGCUAUUCGAUAUGGUCCCGACUUACGAUUCAAGCCGCUUUUUAAUUUUUCUUACGAAAAUGAGGAUUUCAGUGAGGUCUUCGAUUUUUUAGAGUCUUGUGUAUCGAACCCCCCUCGUCGCCUAAUAAUAGAUGGUAUGUCUGUGAAAUCAUAUGAAGAACUACCACAUGAAUCUCUUCUUCCCAUCUACGGGCCAACAAUGAAGUCGUUAAAUCUUAAAUUGGUACCUGCUACAGACCAUCAUGAUAAAGAAAGUGCUGCUUAUAGGAUGCUGGACGGGGACGUAUUUAAUCCUGUAUUUGAACAGUGCCUAGUCCUAAAGAGACUUCGGGUAACCGAUGGAUCAUUUAAUUCUUUCGAUCCAAGUCCUUUCAAGGCCACCUAA